CCUGAUUGUGACAAGGGGAGAUAACAAUGUCGACAAACCAGAAGGAAAACAUGACCGAUUUUGUCAGCAUUGCUUACGCUUUAACAGUGACAGCAGGCGGGUUGCUUGGUUAUAUUAGAGCAGGAAGUAUUCCAUCUCUAGCUGCUGGUGUGGUUUGUGGUGGAUUAAUGGGAGUAGGUGCUUACCAGACUUCACAAGAUCCUAAAAAUAUUGGUCUCUCUCUUGUCACCAGUGCCUUACUGACAGGAGUAAUGGGAUAUAGAUUUAUGAAUUCAGGGAAAUUUAUGCCAGCAGGAUUGGUAGCUGGCUUAAGUAUAUUGAUGGUGUGUAGGUAUGGAUACAGAUUUAUGAAAUGAUGAACACAAGGACAAUGCAGCAAUAUUGUUAUAGUUAUGGCUAUUUUU